GGAUCUCGGAGAGGGUUUGAGGCCCAACACUGGCUGACAUCUACUUACGGUGCUUCACCCUCCUCUGUGGGACAGUCGAAGGGCAGGAAGGCACCAUGCCCACCCUGCCCAACCUCAACAGCCUGGGCAAGCUGUGCAGCUCCAGCCGCAGCCACAACGUCGACCGCGUCCGGGUGAAGCGCAAGAGCUCGGUCAAGCGCAUGUCCAUCAUCGAGGACGGGCACGUGGCUGAAGUCCUGUACCUCAUUCCUAAACAGUACAUGGAGCAGCUGCCUUACCUCAACCCAAAUGACUAUUACCUGAGUGAGAGGCUGAACGACGUCGCCACAGUGGCUCAUGCGCAGGACACACACCACCACUCCGCAGAGAAGCCCCUGAUCCAGUGCUACAAGUGUGGGCAGCCAUGCAAGGGAGAGGUGCUCCGGGUGCAGAACAAGCACUUUCACCUCAAGUGCUUCACCUGCAAAGUGUGCGGCUGCGACCUCGCCCAGGGGGGCUUCUUCAUGAAGAAUGGAGAGUAUCUGUGCACGCUGGACUACCAACGCAUGCACGGCACCCGCUGCAAUGGCUGCGGGGAUUUUGUUGAGGGAGAAGUGGUCACUGCCCUGGGCAAGACGUACCACCCCGCCUGCUUCGUGUGCACAAUCUGCAAACGACCGUUCCCCGCGGGGGACAGGGUGACCUUUAACGGCAAGGACUGCCUGUGUCAGUACUGUGUGGAGCCAAUGUCUCCAGGACCAAAGGACAUCCUGGGCUCCAGCAAUUGUGCAGGAUGCGGCCGGGACAUCAAGAACGGACAGGCUCUUCUUGCCCUGGACAAACAGUGGCAUCUGGGCUGCUUUAAGUGCAAGGCCUGCAGCAAAGUGCUGACCGGGGAGUACAUCAGCAAGGAUGGCGCCCCCUACUGUGAGAAGGAUUACCAGAUUCAUUUUGGAGUUCAGUGUGAAGCUUGCCAUCAAUUCAUCACGGGAAAAGUGUUAGAGGCAGGAGAUAAGCACUACCAUCCCAGCUGUGCACGGUGCAGCAGGUGCAAUCAGAUGUUCACAGAGGGAGAAGAAAUGUACCUUCAAGGAUCAACCGUCUGGCAUCCCGGCUGCAAGAACACCACGAGAACAGAGGAGAGACACAGGGAGCGGCUAUUGCCUCCGUCCCUCUUAUUCCUUCAAAAAACAGAAAGGCAGCCCACGAGGUCGUCAUCCGAGAGUAUUUGUUCCAGACCUGGUUCAAGCAUACCUGGCUCACCGGGUCACACGAUCUAUGCAAAAGUAGACAAUGAGAUCCUUGAUUACAGAGACCUAGCUGCCAUUCCAAAAGUCAAAGCCAUUUAUGACAUUGAGCGCCCCGAUCUUAUUACCUAUGAACCUAUGUACACCACCUCCCUGGAAGAGAGAGAGGAGAGACGAGAGAGUGUGGGAGAGCUCCACACUGCCAGGAGGGAACGGUCCCCCUUGCCCGAUGACAAGUCGUCAAGGAACAUGUCGCCAACCCCACCUGGAGAGGGCUCUUAUGACAGGAGGGAACGCAUCCUCCAGAGGUCCACCAGUCAGGGCUCCAUAGGAUCGCCAGUUUACAAUCGCCACGGUUACACGCCCACGUUGUCGCGGUCGCCACAGCACUUUCACAGACCAGAGGCUUUGACAGGCAUGCAGAAGCUCUGCUCCUCCCUGUGCAGUAACAGUGUGGGCUCCAGAAAUAGUGACUCACGCCCCACCUCCCCUUUCAGACACCACUUCCUCCCCCAUAGCCAAGGCACGGACCCGCCGAGUGGCCGGAGCUCCCCUCUGCCGCUCAGGCCCGACAGCCGGCCGGUCACCCCGCCUCUCUCUCAGACACCUAAACAUUUCCACCUCCCAGAUCAAGGGAGCAACAUCUACAGAAAGCCACCAAUCUACAAACUACACGAUUCAGCCGCCAUAGCACGCCAAAGCAAGUCUGGUGACGACAUCAUCAGAUCCGCCACCUUCCCCGCCGCUCAUGCUCCCUCUCCGGACGACAGCUCGCGGAGUGAGGGCGACCUUUGGCCCUACUCUCUCGCUGUAUUAGGUUCAGAAGGAAGGAGACGCUCGAGAGAAGAGGAGGAAGAAGAGGCCUUGAAAAGAAAGCAGCUCCAGGAGGAACAUCUCAGUAAGAUUCAGUCGGGUUUGGGGAAGCUCAUCCUGAAAGAGGAGAUGGAGAAAGAGCAGAUCAGGGAGCGUCACGCACGCAGCCUCUCUGCUCAGCGUUACGACCCCAAACAGACCAACUGUGACGCAGAGCCAACUUCUCCAACCAAAACAAACUCUCUGCCUGGAUAUGGGAGGAAUGGGCUUCAUCGGCCUCAGUCAACAGACUUUACCCAGUACAACAGCUAUGGUGACAUGUGUGGAGGGGGCAGAGAGUUUCAGCACAUUAAGGAUGGCCGUGCAGCACUUGCAAGGAUGGACAGGGGAGUAUCUAUGCCUAAUAUGUUGGAACCAAAAGUGUAUCCCUAUGAAAUGCUCAUGAUAACCAGUAGAGGGAGAGCUAAACUGCCCAGGGAUGUGGACAGAACCAGACUGGAGCGCCACUUAGCACCCGAAACGUUCUUUGACAUCUUUGGAAUGGAGAUCCAGGAGUUUGACAGGCUUCCCCUGUGGAAACGCAACGACAUGAAAAAGAAGGCCAAGCUCUUCUAACGCUCAGAGCAGCAUGCAUACUCUGUACAUUCAUUCAGAUAGCACACGACAACUGUAAUCUAGAUGUAGGUUUUGGUUUAUUUCCUUUUCUUCUGAUUUUUUGUUUUACCCUGACAUAAUCGAGGAAGCCCCGAAACGGACUGUUGGCUUCCUGAGCAAUUUGUCCAGUUAGACCUGCACAGUAAACGGACAGUAACAGGAACGGGAAUCUCUUCCAUGUUCAAAAAUGACAAAGAAUGAGAAUGAAUGAUGAAUAGGGUCAUGUUCUUUGUUUUUGACUGCGCUUGUUUUUGACUUUUGCUUUGCUUCGAGUGGAACUGCUUUCCUUUCUUUCUUGCUCGUUUCUUCCUACUAUUUGUUGCUGUCGAUUCCUGUGGAACUUUGUAAGUACAGUAGAACCUCAUGGCGCCAUUACGAAAAUGUCCAUGCUUGUAGCUUGAACAUGGGUCAGCUUUCCUUCGCUUGGGCUAAAACGGUUUUAGUCCAAAGUUUGCAAGAAUUGGCUCAGUGAGUCUUUGAAUUUAAAAAAAAAAAAAAAAAAAAAAAAAAAAAAAAGUCACUGGGGAAGCAGUCAGCUGACCCCAAUAACUGUUUUACUGGAAAUUAAUCAUCCAAGCACCUGCAUAUAUCACCGGUUAUCCUUCCCCUGGCUACUGUACACACGAAACCUGACAAAAAAAAAAAAAAAAAAAAAAUGUCUCUCUUCUCA